UGGUUGCUUAGGGAUCGCUGUGGAGUCACGUUAUUGUUGUAAACCGCAAAAGUCGUUGGCUCUAAGCCAGACGUCUCUAGCCAAAAAUAAAACAAACAAAAACAAGUAUCUGUAAAUACCUAACAUAUUAUUUUAUUUUGGACUGUACAUUCAAAAAAUGUACAAAAUAUGUCUUUUUGGUAUUGCAGUCAAAAGCAAUAGAAGGAGCGCAAUCGAGAAAACAAAGAAACAGAAAAGUCUCUUUGACUCGCAGUUCACUGCUAAAAUCCUAUCUAAAUAUUUUUUAAAAAUAUAUUUCCAAUUGAAUGUAUCUGUGUGCAUAGUUUUAUAGGCAAAGUAGCACUGCAUGGUAAUUGUUUUAGUAACGAUUUGUGAUAGAUUGGUUGGGUCUGAAACAGCAGCCGAAGUCAGGCACUUCAAGGUAGUUGCUAGUUGCCACACUUCAGAGGUUUCAGCAUCACCUUAGGCUGCUGGUCAUGGGUUUGACCAAGCAGUACCUGUGCUACGUUGCCAGCGCUGUUUUUGGGGUCAUCGGCAGCCAAAAAGCCAACAUCACGUAUGUGACCCUUCGAGGAGGGGAGAAGGGACGCUAUGUAGCUGUGGCUGCUUGUGAACAUGUUUUCAUCUGGGAUGUUCGAAAAGGCGAGAAGGUCUUGAUCCUGCAGGGUCAGAAACAUGAGGUGACCUUUCUGUGCCCUUCACCUGAUGGAGUUCAUAUUGCCGUGGGUUACGAAGAUGGUGCAGUAAGAAUCUUCAGCCUGCUGAACGGUGAGAGCAACGUCUCCUUCAACGGCCACAAGUCUGCAGUCAGCGUCAUACACUAUGAUGCACUCGGGGCGAGACUUGUUACUGGCUCAAAGGACACAGAUGUGAUCGUGUGGGACAUCAUCAAUGAGUGUGGGCUGUACAGGCUGAGAGGCCAUAAAGAUGUCAUCACGCAGGCCCUGUUCCUGAGAGACAAGAACCUCCUCGUCACAUGCUCCAAAGACAGUUUUGUCAAGUGGUGGGACUUGGACACACAGCACUGCUUUAAGACUAUGGUGGGCCAUCGCAGUGAGGUUUGGGGUAUGGUGUUGCUGAGCCAGGAGAGUAGGCUGUUGACGGGCUCUGCAGACAGUGAGCUUCGAGCCUGGGACAUCAACUACCUGGAGGAGGCAAAAGCUGAGGGUGAGCCUAAGGUGAAGAAGGGAAAAACUCUGUUGGAUGAUGAUGAUGAAGAAGACAAUAAAGAAGAAGUGGAUGAAAGCCUUGAAGAGCGCAUCCUAACUUGUGAAAAGGCCGGCUCCAUCCUGAGAGAAGCUAGAGAUCGCGUCGUCUCACUGACAACAGACCGCCACGCCAGAGUCAUCGCCUGCCACGGCAAUGACUCAGUCCUGGAGCUCUUCACUGUGCUGUCAGAGGAAGAAGUGCAGAAAAAAAUGACAAAGAAGCUGAAGAAAGCCAAAAAGAAGGCCACCAAAGCUCAGGAAGCUUCAGGUGAGGAGACAGAGCAGCCCGUGGUGAAGAGGAUGCUGAAGGACGAGAUCAUCAGACUAACAAACAUCAAAGCAUCUUCCAAGAUCAGGUGGGUGGACUGCCUGUCAUGUGCAGGUGGUGAGCUGAAGGUGGUUCUGCUGCUCCAGAAUAACACCGUUGAGACCUACAGCCUGAAGACCUCACAAAAGACCCCAGUAGCCGAUAAAACGGCUCGCCUCACACUCGGUGGACACCGCACAGAUGCGCGCACACUGGCGUUCAGCUCAGACAACCUGGCUGUCCUCUCCGCCUCCGGAGACACCGUCAAAGUUUGGAACAGAUCCACUCUGCAGGUGAUUCGCACCAUGGCCUGCGAAUACGCCCUCUGCUCCCUCUUUGUGCCUGGAGACCGACAGAUAAUCCUGGGAACGAAGAGUGGAAAGCUGCAGAUCUUUGAGCUGGGCUCAGGAAGCCUUCUAGAAACUGUAGAUGCCCACGAUGGAGCUGUGUGGUCAAUUUGCCUGGCCCCAGAUCAGAGAGGGAUUAUCUCAGGAAGUGCAGAUAAGACUGUGAAGUUCUGGGAGUUUGAGCUGGUAAAGGACAAGGAGACCAGCCAGAAACGGCUGACAGUGAAGCACAAACGCACUCUGCAGUUGGAGGAAGACGUUCUCUGUGUGAAGUUUUCUCCUGACCACAGACUGCUGGCUGUCUCUUUGUUAGACUGCACAGUCAAGAUCUUCUACACAGACACACUUAAGUUCUUCUUGUCUCUGUAUGGACAUAAGCUGCCUGUACUUUGUCUGGACAUCUCACACGAUAGCACAAUUAUUGCCACUGGCUCCGCCGACAGAAACGUGAAGAUCUGGGGUUUGGACUUUGGCGACUGUCACCGCUCCAUGUUUGCUCAUGACGACAGCAUCAUGUUCCUCCAGUUUGUUCCCAAGACUCAUCUGUUCUUCACAGCAGGGAAGGACAAGAAGAUCAAACAGUGGGACGCAGACAAGUUUGAGCACAUCCAGACACUUGAGGGCCACCAUCGGGAGGUUUGGUGUCUGGCCAUCAGCCCAAACGGUGACCACCUCGUAUCAUCAUCUCACGACAAGUCCCUGCGUCUCUGGGAGAGGACGAGGGAGCCCAUCAUCCUGGAGGAAGAAAGGGAGAUGGAGCGAGAAGCAGAGUUUGAGGAGAGCUUGGCUAAAGGAGAUGCACCUGUGGUACCUGGAGAGACGCAAGGAGAGGCAGCACCUGCUGGCAAGAAGACCGUGGAGACAGUCAAAGCUGCAGAGCGAAUCAUGGAGGCUCUGGAACUCUAUAAAGGGGAAACAAGGAAGAUGGAAGAGCACAAAUAUGCCUGUGAGAGUGCAGGCAAAGAGCUUCCUCCACCACAACCCAACCCUAUCCUCGUGGCCUUUGGAAAUGUUUCGCCCUCCCGCUACGUGUUAGAUGUGAUAAAGAAGGUCAGAUCGAGUGAGCUGGAGGUUUCUCUGCUGGUGCUUCCUUUUCCUUAUGUCCCCGAGCUCCUGAAACUCUUCAACAGUUACAUCCAGCAGGGCCUGGAGGUGGAGCUGGUCUGCCGCUGCCUAUUUUUCCUUCUCAAGAUCCAUUUUGGUCAGAUCUCCAGUAACCAGAUGCUGCUGUCUGUCAUCGAUGAACUACGGACCAAUACACUCACAAAAGUGCGGGAAAUCAGAGAUGUGAUGGGUUUUAACAGUGCGGCCCUGCAGUUCCUCCAGCGGGAGAUCGAGAGCAAAGAGGACGUCAUGUUCUUUGCCGAUGCUACAGGUCGCCUGGAGGAGAAGAAGAAAAAGAGGAGGAAGAGGGAGAGGGCCGUCUUGACCAUUGCUUGAAUUAUAAUGAACAUUUUGGAUUGUUUUCGUAUAAACGUCCACUCUCCACCCCAUUCUGCUUUAUUCCAGGAGUGGACCAGAUGCCUCACACUGUUGCUUUUUAUAUGUUAUUAAAUCCUGAACUAAUGUAACAAAGUGUUAUUCAGUGGCAAGCUUCAUUUCCCAAAUAAACUAUGUCUGAGGUUUUCUCACA